GCGCCAUGGAAAAGAGGUCAAAUAUUCGCCGAUAUGCCCAGACAGUCAGGGACUACUACGACGAUGGAGAACGCGAGGGCCGGGUAACGAUAUACGUCGAGCCGAGACAGAUAUAUGAUGCCACUACUGCUUUGGUGGACGCCCGGAGAGACAAGGUCCUGUUUAUCCAACUACCUUUUAAUUCACCUCGAUUACUGAACCUCUCCCACGAGCUCUUGCAUUCUAUACGCGAUGUCAGCCAUGUUCCCUGUACCUGGUUCUUCGGUAGCAACCGAGCCUUCCAGGGGCGCUAUCCCACACCUCAAGGCAAGAUGUUGUCGCUUCUGAGCAGCAUGAUAGUGCAGCUGAUCAAACUCUUGCCGAAAAGAUUCAACGACCCGGACAUGGCGCUCUCACAGCAAGUAUUCAAUAGCCUGCACCUACCCCAACCGGACCACAUGGGGAUGGCCAUAUCAAUCCCCGUGGCUAUCAAUAUCAUCAAAGCCCUCCUCAAAGUGAUUCCCCACGGGAUACUAUUCUUCUUCGAAGGAUGCGAUGACCUAGCACAAGCAUAUGAGAGACCUCUUGACGAAAUUUGUGGACACUUUGCGUAUUUACUUCGUUGCUUAGCACGACACGAAUCGGGAAGGCCUCGAAAGAUACUAUGGAUCCAGUCCGGAGCGUCUGCCUCCUUCGAAACAACGAUAUCAGGGGCGGUGAGAGCCGAAAACUACAACAGGGUUGAGUAUCCCCGAGAUUGGAAUGAUGGGAGAAGGAGAGGAACUAGAAGUAUUCUAACUACACGACCAUCAUAUGAACAAAGAGAAAGAUGA